AGCAGGCACGCAUCGGAUCGGGUCCCACGGGUCCCCGCCUCACAUAAGCUCCCAUCGUUGCAGCGCGACCCGAUGUAUGUUUACUCGGAAGUAAGACCCAUUGUGUCGGAUGGGGGCGGGGCUUCUUAGCUAAGUGUGCACAAAAUCGGGACCUCGUAGUGCAACCGUAGCAAGCAGCUCCCACCGCGGUCAACGAGGCGUGUUUCCAGGUAAGUAUACACAGGGUUGUAGUCAUAAAAAAAACCUUAAUUUUGCGGCACGCCUGAUUUCGGUAAAGUUUACUUGUCCAAGCAAGCAAAGUCCGUCCCCGGACUCGUUGGCAAAGACCAUCCUUCUCGUUUGUAUAGUGGCCACUUGAAAAGGAGAAAAACCAACAGAAACCAGAAAAGUGCAUUUCUGGGCAAGGCGACCCCUCGAGCAUCUUUUCCCAGAGGCAAGCCCCACACUGACUUCCCGGAGACUGCCUGCAGGAUCAUAGCCCUGGAGCCAGUAGGCACCUCCCUUGCAUAAGAAGCCGACUCGCGAGUAAGCGCACUUAGCGCCUUGCCAAAACAAAACACAGCCUCCCGCGCGCAACGGCUCCGCAACUGGUUCCCCAAGAAGCGAAAAACCGAUGGAAAGCAACGCGCCCAAGGAGAAUCCCAAGGCUCAAAUUGAUAUCGCCGGCCUGUCUUACUUCGCCGCACGUUUUCUUGCGGUUGCUUGCUAACGCGGGAGCGUGUAAGAGUCGUCUUAGCAGUUGUUCCCCUUCAUUCGCGCUUGCAAACAAGCGACGCCCGCUUUCCUUCCAAAGUCUCUGCAAACGGAGUCCAGUCCCGCCCCACUUUUUUUUAAGUCCGGACAGUGUUGCAAAAACAAAUAAUUUGCAUACUGCAAAAAAAAUAUAUUUUGCAUGCUUAAAGAGGCCUCCUCGGUGUUUUUUCUUUCCAAAACAUUGCCGAGGGACUCCUCGCUGUAUUUUCUUUCCAACCCUCCCCACCUCCUUUUCUUCAAAUUCUCCCCCCCCCUUUUUUUUUUUGCAAAGCUAUAGCAGAGAGUUUGCAUUAAGAGAGAGCGCCGCUGGAUUUCUGGACGCGCCGUAGCCGCAAGGACACAGCAAGCACUUUCUUCCUCCAAGCCUCUGCUGCAGCAGCUGGAGAGUUGGGAUCGGGACGCGGGGGGGGGGGGUAAAAGGGUAAAGGGAAGGAAAAACAAGGGAGGGGGGAAGAGAGCGAGCGAGAGAGGAGGAUUUACAAAUGCAAAGCAGCAGCUGAGGACGCAACAGCAGCUGCUGUUGCCGCUGCCCAGAACAGAAGCCCUGGCAGUCUGGCGACUAAGGCGGGGGGAGGGAGGGAGUGGAGUGGCUGGGUGGGGGUUGGAUUUUUUUUUUUAAUGUAUUUUUUUCCGGGUUGCGAGCAGCAGACAGCGGCGUCCACGGGGCGCGGAGGCGUCAGUCGUUGCAGCCGCCGCCGCCAGAGUGCUAUUGUGUGUGAACUGGGGGGAAGAGAGAGAGAGAGAGAAAAAGAAAGAGCGCACAGAGCUAAAGGGAAAAAGAGAGAGACAUAUGCACACACCAGCAUGCACACAGACACACACACUCCCCCAUAUGCAGGGAAAGUAUCGCGAGAGCGCUCUGGCUAACAACCUGCUUCGCAACACACACAGGAGCGCUGCACCGCUGCUGGGUUGCCAGCAACAAGAAACAGCGCGCGGAGCAACCCGGACGGUGGGGAGGCGAGGCGCGCGCACACAUACACGCGCGCGCGCACACACACAUCUGGGGGGAGAGAGGCUCGGAGUUUGGGGAGCGGAGUUGUUGGGGUGGGGAAGAGCAAGAGGGAGAGAGCGGCGCACAUGCAGAUCUCCAGCGGCACCCCUGAGCAACACCCAGCCAGGCUGGUGAGUAAAACGCUUGCUCUGCUCUGCGCGUGUGUUGUGUUGUGGUUGCUGCACGUUCUCCAUUGCUUUUAAAGGCCGGGCGGGGGGGGGGGAGCCUGCGGCGGUGCUGGUGGGUGGCUCGAGAUUUCUCUCCCCCCCCCUUCCUCCGCGCUUUCCACCCUUCCAAAGCUAAGCAGCCCCCACCCUGCUCUUGCUGGCAGCUUUUGGAUUGCACGCGGAUCCGUGCGCUUUGGCCGGGUGCGUUUGGGAGCACAAAGGGGGCCGAGAGCUCAGCGGGUUGGCUUCAAAAAGUUGCAAAGAAGUCUGGCGGCGGCGGCGGCUAUGGGGAGAGCAGCCGAAGGAAUUCCGGGUCUAAGAUCUAUGUAUGUGUGUGUGUGGUUUGCCCUCCCCAUGACCACCCCCCCCGAAAAAGUUUUCAAACUGCAAGUGCCGAACUUUCAGCUCCUCCGGCUGCUGCGCCCCGCACCUCUCCAAAGGUCAAGCGGUUAUGUCCUCCAUUUCGAGUAAUACGAUUUGUUAUUUAAGUAACUUUUCCCGGGGUGGUGGUGGAGGAGGAGGAGGAGGAGGGUAGUGGCGGCGGCAGGAUUUUGAAGGAGGGAAGGACUCGCUCAGUUUAAGUUUGAGAUUUAAUAGAUGGCUAUAAUGGGGGGGGGCGGUUGUUGGAACUUUAAAAGGCAGCAAGCUGUGGUUGGCUGGUAGUUAGAUUUGAAGUAACAUAUGGCAUUAAAAGGGGCACAGCUGGAGGUUGCAUUUCCAUCGCAGUGAAGUCAGAGCAGCUGACUUUCCAGCUUGCGGUGUAAUUAGCAAACGGAGCACUCCCUCCCAUUCGCUCCUCGCUCCUCUCUCUCCCCCCCCACUCUUUUUUCACACACAUACAAGCUUUCUGCCGUUACUGGCUAGCAGAAAACCCCUGAUCUUCCCAAUCCCUAGGGUGAUCACCCACUUGAAAAGGCAAAGAGGGGGGAAAAACAAAACAGAAACCCAAACGAGCUUGAGUUCUUCCAUAACUCUUUUUGGGGGGACGUGGGGGGGGGAGAAGAGAAAGGAGACUGUAUUUUCUUUCUCCAAAUGAGCCCUUCAACCCCCUGCUCAGCAGCUGUUCAAGGUAAGGUGUCUUAAGAAACUACCUACCAACUUAAAGGAGUCUUACUGCAGUUUGUUUGGGGUGGGUGUAGGUGCCUUUUGCUUUUAAUAACUUCCAGUGCAAUCUAUAGAUAGAUAUGAAAUGCUGGUGUGUGUGUUUUUUUUAAAGUGGGAAGAUCGGCAUUAUGUUAAAAAAAAAAAAGACAGUAUGUGUAGUAUUUGUGGGGGGGGGGUGGAGGGUGCAAAAUGCACUUGUUUUUGUAAAACGGUGUGUGUGUGUGCAAUACACACUUUUAAUAUAUAAAAUAGCUACGGGGGGGGUGUCCCAAAGUUAAGAUUUCCAGGAAUGCACAAAAAAGCAAAGUCUUCUCUCCCUUCCUCUAAAGCUGAUUGCUGUUAAGACAAAGGUUGGGGGCGUUACUUCCUUUAGAAGCUUUGGUUUACUUAAGAGUCAAGUUUUUCCUGUUUUUGAAGCAGGUGUUCUGGUGUGGGAGGCAUCUCUCUCUUUUUAAGCAAUUCAAACAGAAAUGAUAGACGAUGAACAGUUGAACUGUUAUCUCCAAGGCUCCAGUUUACCCCCCCCCCCCAGCCACUCUUGUUUGUUUGUUAACAGCUGCUUCAGGAGGCCUGUGGCUUUUAUAGUAGCAUUCAAGUUUUUCCUGUUUUUGAACAGGUUAUGAAGGAAGAAUGGAGUUUCCAGACCAUAGCCGGCAGUUGCUGCAGUGUCUGAGUCAGCAGCGUCACCAGGGCUUCCUGUGUGACUGCACUGUUUUAGUUGGAGACGCUCAGUUCCGAGCCCACAGAGCGGUCCUCGCCUCUUGCAGCAUGUACUUCCAUCUUUUCUACAGGGACCAGCUAGACAAAAGGGACAUUGUGCAUCUGAACAGUGACAUCGUCACCGCCCCGGCCUUCGGCUUGCUCCUCGAAUUCAUGUACCAAGGCAAGCUGGAGUUCAGCAGCCUCCCGGUCGAGGAUGUGCUCGCCGCAGCCAGCUAUCUACACAUGUACGACAUUGUGAAAGUCUGCAAGGGCAAGCUGAAAGAUAAGGAAUUGUGCGUGGACGAGAAGACGAACGGCAGCGGCGGGCCCCAUUUGGAGAAGGACGCCCGGGUCCUGGAUGACGGAGUACCCUUGGGGCACGGCGAGUUCAGCCCCGGAGAGAAAUACAAAAUGAUUGCUGCAGAAUACGAACGUUCUGCUGGAAAGGAUAAGGGCAGCAGUUAUCCAGGCUGGUCUCCCGAUCUUGUCGGCUCUGUGUUAGGCGAGGCAGAAUUGGACACCGUGGCAGCUGAAAAAACAAGGGCGAACGUCAGCAGUUCGGCGGGACCUGCGUCCCAAAGACCUCCUCGCCACCCCUUGGCUUUGAGGGAGGCCGAGUGUGCUUUAGACCUGUCUUUCAAGCCCCUGGCAGGGCGAGAUGGCUUCCAGCCUUCCUACAUCUUUGGGCAGCUGGCUGCUGACGGGCCACCGCGGCAGGGGAAAGAGCCCUUUGUCAAAGACGAAGAAGAGUCUCUGUCGGACGGGGAAGACGGCGAGGAGAGGGGCCUAGAAAGCCAGGGCUUUGGAAAUGCUGGCCAGAGCCUGGCCCUAGGGCUGGGGACCAUGUUUGUUGCCAGCAAUGGGGACGCUCCCGUGACCCCGGAGGAAGACGUCGACCAGGAGCGGGAGGCGAGCGAGGACGACAUGGCCUCUUCCGACGUCUCGUCCUCGGGGGUCGUGGUGCCAACCGGGCACAUUUGCAUCUGCCCGCUCUGCAGCAAAGUCUUCCCCAGCCCGCACGUCCUGCAGCUCCACCUCAGCUCCCACUUCCGAGACAAGGACGGCUCUCGGACCAGGCUUUCUCCGGAUGGGUCGGUGCCCACCUGUACUCUGUGCGGCAAGACCUUCUCCUGCAUGUACACGCUGAAGAGGCACGAGAGGACUCACUCCGGGGAGAAGCCGUACACCUGCGGCCAGUGCGGCAAGAGCUUCCAGUACUCCCAUAACCUCAGCCGCCACGCAGUGGUGCACACAAGAGAGAAGCCGCACGGCUGCAAGUGGUGCGAGAGACGCUUCACGCAGUCCGGGGAUUUGUACAGACACAUCCGCAAAUUUCAUUGUGGCCUUGUAAAGUCGCUGGUGGUUUGAGGGAAGUUGUUGUCGUUUCAAAAGACACCCGUCUGCUCUACAUGCCAGUUCGCUUUGGGUAAAUGAUACGGGGAAGGAGGGUGGAGAAUCAUGUAGGUCUACAUUUCAUUGCUGGGGGGUGGGGGGGAGAGAGGCAACAUUGGUUCUACCCUUCCCACCCUGGCCCUCCUUAGGCCGGCGGCGGUGGCGACACUUAACGUUCUGUUGUUGUUUUUCUGUGUGUGGCAGGUAAAAUGAAUCUUAAUCUGUAGAUAGCUUAAUCCAAAAUCCUUUGGAUAGAAGCUGAUUUAAUCCAGUUGAUUGGCCUAAUUGGUCUGUGCCAAGUGGGUUGUUCUGAUGCUACAGGUAUGUUUUGCCCUGCUGGUUUUGAGGGUGCCCUCUUGCACCCUCUGCAAGUUUAAAAGGAAUUGGAGAGAGAGAAUGAGAGAGAUGUGAACCUUGAUCCCAAACGGCAGUUUAGGUAGGACAGUGUGUACUGCCUAUAUAGGAGCCGCCUUCUUCCCCCCCCCAAAAAAAAUUACCAUUCAUCUCUCUGUUGCAGGUGCAUCAAGUAGGCAGUUUUGGAACUCAUUGGCCUGAGUUUCUCUCCCACUCUGGAUGUAACUUUUUUUAUUCAACCAUUUUAAUAUGCUCCAGACAAAUAGAACUUCAGGCAGUGUGAAAGUGAUAGCUGGGACAAAGGCUUGUGCUUCAUGGGGACUAUCUAGAAUCCUUAGACUAACUUGGGUCUGGAAUAAUAAUAAUAACAACAACAACAACAAUUUUAUUACUUAUAUGCCACCUAUCCAACUGGGUAGCAGAAGCCACUCUGGGCGGCUCCCAACGUACUAAGAACACAGUAGAACAACAGUGGAAAUCAAUGUAGGGCCACCCUGCAAAAUCUCUUGACUAUUUACAGCAAAAGUGUUCUGUAUUUGGAAACUGGUCCUACUAACUUAAGCUCUCACCUUGCUGCUCUUUCCCCCCUUCCAUUUUUUUUAGGGGGGAGGUUUGCAAUUCUAGUGAAUGGUGCUGAAAUAUUUCAACCUGUGGGGCGUCAUCUCUCAGGCCUGGUUCACAAAUGACCCCAGCGUGGAGUGGGUGCGCCCUAUGGCUAGGUGGUCGGGGCGGGGGGAAGGAUUUGGAGCUCUUGUGCCUUUAAUAGUUGCAUGCCUCUGGAAUUCCCCCUUCUACCCAACUAUUAAAGGUGCCGGAGACCCUCUCCUCCUUUGCAUCGUGUUAACCCUACCUGUCGCUCACCUUGUGCAGAACUGUGAAUGUAAACCUGGCCUCCAUGCAGAGAAGCCAUUUUUGUGCUACAAAAAAGGAACAGCCAGGUGUUUGUCUGGGGCCUGCCUGCAAAGGCAUCGUUUCAUGAAGUUUUGAUGUGCCGUGGGAGAAGAUACUUACUGAGGUGCAGACAUCCUAACCGUGCCACCUUAGUAAAAACCGCAUCCCUCUAUUAAUAAGAGCUCUCCAGUUUUUGCUUCUAACGAAAGCUGCUUUCUUGCAAGUAAAUGCCCUCUUGGAUCAGGCCUUGAGAAAUAGGCUGUUGUUCCCCUUCCUGGGUGCCCAGUGGUCAGAGGCACCAGUCCACCAAAAGAUUCCAUCUUCUCCAUUCCUUGGUGAAUAGCAGGCAUGGUUUGUGUAAGGGAGAAUGAUGGGGAGCUGAACAGCCAAGGUGCUAUUGAGCUUUCCCCAUUCUGUGAUGGUGGCAUCUUCUUUUGAAAGUAGGUAGGGAUACCUGAAUCUCCACCCAUUUCUGCUUGCAGUUGCACCUGCCUUCCCUUGGGGCAUAAGUUGGGGGUGCCACCUGUGAACCAUGCCUCCCCGUGUAGCUGCCUCAUACACCUGUAGUUUCUCCUACAGCUGUUAGCACAUCCUUGGCCAACCUGGCACCCUCCAGAUGUUUUGGCCUGCGGUUUCCAUCAGUCCCAGACAGGAGUGGUGGUCCGAAACAUUGGUGUGCCAGUUUAGCCAAGAGUGCAUUAUGAGCUGGUACCAUUUAACUCCUGCCACGAAGGAUGAAUUAGCAGUUGCUAAUGUUUAGCCCAUGCAUUUCAGACUUAUGGUUAAAGGCAUAGGAACAAAACCAGUCGUUCUGUUUUUAAUUAUUAUUAUUUUGGCUCACUUGCCCCAUUUUCAGAUUUGAGCAGCAGGCUAAGCCGGUGAAUGUACUGCCCUGCACACUUAAUUGUUUGCGUGCGUGCAAAUGCUCCUGUUGAAUGCACAGAGGCAUGUAUAUUUGUUCAUGCGUGCUCUCUCUCUCUCUCGCUGCUUUCUCCCUUUCUUUUAGCAUGGGGGGUUGGCUCCUUUAAAAGCAUCUGCAAGUCAGAAAUAGGACACUAAUCAGGAAACAGAGCUCCGCUUUUUAUUUCUUGGUUUUCUUUUCAUCCCUCCACCCCGCGCCCUUGAACUCACCGGGCCUCGCUUGACCCUUGUAGAGAACACAUCUGGUCAGAACAGCUGGUGGGGGGAAGCGUGGGGAGAAAGGGUGGGCUCAGAUGGGGCCCAGAGGAAGUUGGAAUCAGGGGGUCAGAGUAAGGGAAGGUGCCAUCACUAUCAUUUCUUCAAGGGGGGUGGGAAUGCUAUUUAAGGGUGGUUGUUGUUUUUUUGCAGUGUGCAGGCAGUUUGAAGGACCGUUUCUUAAAAAAGAAACGUUCAGCAUUUCAAAACUACUAGGAUGUCUGCCGUGUUCUGGAGAAGUCUUUUUGUGUGAUGCACGUUGUUGUUCCAUAGAGUUGGAAAAGGCUUACACUCAAUUAAGGAUUUACACUAUGUUAAAAGUUUUAAAUCUUCCCAAUGUUUUUUCUUAACAUUGCUUUUUGUUUUGCUCCUGGUGAUAUUAACUAUUGGUCUCCGUAGGGUCAGAUUUAGCCAAGUUCCACUUGGCCAUUCACAUGGUUCACUCCAGACAAGCAAAGCUUUGUCGCAUUGUUUUGGGAGUGUGGGUUCCUUUUUCCUUUAGUUAAGAGAGAUUGAAACGCUGUAGAGUUGGAACAAAUCUGGGGUGUUACUUCAACAUAUUUCUGCCUAAUUCCAGAAUGUCUUUCUAGUAACGUCAUUACGUAUCAGGUUAUGCCUUCUUAAAUCCAUUCAAUGUAUAUUUUUGCCUACGCGAAACUUUGAAAAAAAGAAAGAAGAAAGAUUGCACUUGAAUGUAAUUCUGUGGCAUUGGCAUCUAGUGAAUGGGACUGUAGAAGGAUUGCCAAGUCAAAUUUACGGAUGUUUUUGGAUUCUCUUAAAGUGAAAACCAUCUCAUUUGGAAUUUUCAUGGGUUUUCUUUAAUAUUAUGGAAGCACUGAAAUAAUUUGCCCUAAAGGGCAUGUUAUGUUAUCCUGCAGAAUGAGACAACAUAGUCCUGCAUUUCUGAUUACUGGGAUACCACCACCCCUGCCCCGAGAGGACAUGACGCCACGGGAGGGGAUGAGGUCCUCACCCAAAGCCUUCUUGGAUUUUUGCCACAAAAGUUCUCACUACUGAAGAGACAACCCUCUGAGAUUUAAAAAGAGACUUGCCUCUUCAACUACCAGAACAAAUGCAUAGCUCUGUGCAUGUGGUUUUCUUUCUCCUGUACACAUGUCUUCCCUCUUAGUUCCUAUCCAAUGUAUUUAGGAAGUUAUGCUAUGAAGGAGCAAUAUUAAUAUCAUUAUAGAAACACUAUUUGAGGUAGUGUGGUGGUGGAAUUGUGAGGGAAGCAACUCCCUUUUCUUCAGAUAAAAACUGACGGGUUGCAGUUCCUUUCCUAUUCCUCUCUUAAAUUACGAGCGCACAUAUAAUGUGAAUUUUUACUUCUAUUUAUAAAACGUCUAAAUGGAAUUCAUUUGUUACUGUACAAAUAUUCUUGCUAACGUAUGUGAGGCAUGUCAGAGCAGUACAUGCCUGAGAUAUGUGACUAUGGUACUGUGGUCUUACUUCAUGUUCCCCCCUCCCCCCCCCCCAAAAAAAACUUGGAUUGGAAAUAGCACUGAACAAAACUUUCAAAAAUUAAGUUAUUUCUUUUCUGUUUUAAACUUUUAAGUUAUAUAAAUAUAUUUUUCUUCCUCCUGAUGAUACUUGAUACGGUAUUUAUUAGUUUUUUUUUAAUGGAAUGCUUACUUUGAGCUUUUUUUUCAGAAUAACAGGCUUGAAAUCUCUGUGUAAAUUUAAUUUUAUUUCUUUACGUGUUUAAGAAGCGAGAACGUGUGAAUCGGUGCGUAGAAUGUAGGGCUGCUCAUUUCCUCAUCCCAGUGAGAAUUCCAGCGUGCACAUGGAAUCUUUGUUAACUACAAUAGCCAGCCUGCUGCUCUGCAAAAAUUUUGGACUAGUUGCAGUCCUAAACACCUGUUGGCAGAGGUGAGAUGCUUCUUCCAAGUGGAUAUCUAUCUCCUGUUGUAAUGAACAGGACAGUGAAUGUGCCUAGGUCUCUGGAUUGGGGUACAUGUUUGCUUCUUCCUCCUCCUGGUAUUUUUGUAGAAGGAUUUUAAUUUUUUAAUUUUUUUAGAAGUGCCAUAUGACACCAUUGGAGCCUGCUGGUGUAUUAGAGGGUUGAAAAGAUUUUGCAUCUGAGUGUUCUCUAGGAAUCUUGAACUUCUUAGCAAGGGGCAUACAUUGGGCUGCAGCGGGGAGGGGAUGAAGGUGACAGGUGUGCCCACCUUAAAUGAAUUGUCAAAGCAUUGUCUUUUUUUAUUGUUCUCUCUCCCAACUUUUCUGGGUUGGUGUUUUAUUUGUUUUGUUUUUUAAAAAAGAAGUUUGCACUUUUGAGAUUACUUCUGUUUGUUCUUUGGGUUGUUUUUUUUUUUAAGGUUGCAAUAGUUCUGAGCAUGUAUGUUUGUUUGUUUGAAAAAAAGGUUCCUUACUCUACAGGAAAGUACUAAAACCUUGCACAUUGAGGUGUCUUCAUAAUUAUGCAGCAGCUGUUCUGCCUUGCAAAGAGCAUAAUUGGAAAGUCCUUUUCGACUCCCAUUCUCGGUUUUGAUUUCAUCCCGAGUCAGGAUUUUACCACGAUAAACUGCUUUACUUAAACAAAACACUGGAUUUGUCUUAUGCUCCAAACCGAUACUGUGAAGAAGAAAAAAACGUUUUGAAAGAAGAAGGAAAAGAGAGAAAGAUAAAUCAGUUAUUUUUAAUUGCUUUUAAUUUUGAUGCAGUUCAGAGUCAAAUAUGUAUAUUUAAAGACACUAAUUUUUUGUGGGAGAGUUUUUUAUAGUAUACAGUAUGUAGAAAAGCUAUUGGAAUGAGCUAUAUUUUAUAUAAAAAAAAGUUCUUUCACUGUUUUAUAGUGAACUAUUUCCCCCACCCUACCCCCAGUGUUAGGUCUAUGCUGUGUUUAGCUUAGGUUCGACAAUCGCAUAUAUAUACAAAAAAAGGUGUUGACAGUUUUCCCUUCAUGUUUAGUUUCCGUGUGGAGUUUUUCUCUCAAUUUUUUUUUUGCAAUUGUGUGUUGAUAUGUGCUGUUUUAAGAAAAGGAAAAAAAGAAACUGUGACAAUCGUGAUUAGAACUGCUGUCUUUAUUAAAUAAAACAUGUUAGAGUUACAAAAGAAA